GUGACUCACGCCAUCAGGCAGGAUGUGUCUGUGCGCAGCUAGUGUAAUAUUCUUCCAGUAGACGUUGAGCAUUGAGAAUUGAUGUAACUACACAUAUUCGUUAAAAUACAAAAAUUAAUAAUUACUAAUCAAAUUGUAAAUUUAAUGUUGUGCAUACAGAGGAAUUUGCAUUAAUUAAUUGAUUCUAAAUUUCUAAUCAAGUGCUAAUAAUGAUGUAUAUGCUACAGAAUCAGUUGUUUAUCUUCAUGCAUAUAAUUUAGAUAUAGGUAUGUAGCAGCUCUCGAAGUCAUUGAAUAAGACCGUGCCAUGCACCUCAUAAGGUGAAGAAGUAAAAACCAUCGAUGCGAAUAUUCAUUAUUAUCAGUAUUAGGAUUUUAAGAUUCGAAAAAGGAAAAAAACCUAUUAUAAAAUUGUGAAUUACAAAGAAAAACGUGUGGAAGACGCUUGAAUAUCGAGAUGAUUCUGCAUGUAAUAAGCCAGCAAUACACUGGUUCGAUAUCGACAGCAAUCGAGAAACCACAUCGGUUGAUAAAAAUUCGAAAAAAUGCACAACGUUAGUACGGAAACCGACCACAAGCUGUAUAUGUGAUGCCGAUUAACGGCAACGCGUUGGCCAAAUAUUUGGUCAUGAUGUCUCAAGUGAUCGCCUGGUUUACAGUGAGUGUAAUGCUGUUGCGCAGAGGACUAAACCAGGUGAAUGCGGACGGACAGCAACAACCGUCUAUGUACAAGUCAGAGAUGGGGAUGAUUGUCAAUGACACGACCGUAAAGCCGGAUAUCGGUCAUCAUAAUCAUCAAGGGACAGCAGCUAAGCCGUUCGACGAGAGCGGCACCCACGCCGUGGUGGCCGGCGUCAUAAUGAUCACGAUUGCGGUUAUCAUGUUAAUUAUCAGUCCCACGAUAAUGCUGAUGAAAAUGGUCGACAAACGGAACCACAGGGUUUUGGACAUAGAAUUAGAAUCACCACCAAAAUACGAAGAUGUGGUGGAAAGCGCCCCAAGAUAUUCUUCGUUGUUUAUUUUUAAUAAUGAUGGUGAAAUGGCAUUGUUGCCUGAAAAUACACAAAGACAAGGAUAAUAAUCAAAAGCAAGUCGUUUGAAAUAAUUAACAUCGUUAAUUAGUUAUUUACAUCAACUGCACUUGAACCCUUACCUACAUACAACAUCAAACGUGCCAAAAUAGCGUACAUCAUUUGCGCAUCAACAUAAUAGUAAGGAUUGAAAAAUGAAGACUGUAAAACUGUGCAUUGUAAUGCGAAUGAAAUACCCCGGGUAAGGUAAACGGGUAAUGUGCAAAUGAUGAAUAACCCAACAAUCGAACGAUGUCUUAAAAAAAAGAUCCAAAUGAACAAUAGUAAUGCGCAAACGACUUACGGCCCAAAUGGCAAUAUGAUAGAUACCAAUUUUGAAACACGCCUAGACAUUACUUUACACUGGCUACCACAUCCAGUUCCGGAUCUAAGUCUCAAGAGGCCGGGGUAUAAAUACAAAUUGGAGCCCUCUUAAAAAAACAAUUACUCAUCACAACACUUAUAUAUUUAUUUAAUACAUGUUGAUAUACCCGCUCCCCAUUCAAAAUUUCUGAGAAAAUCUCUAGUUCUGUAAAUAAUAUUUUAAAUAUGUAAAUAAUAAUGAAAAGCUGUACAUUAAUAUUAAUCUUAAGUAUCGUACCAAUAAUAAUAAAUAUGUUGCAUUAAUUAAAACACAUUUACUAUACACUUGGUUACGGCCCAUCUAUAUUAUCUACAUCCGACUGGUUUUUUGGUCUUUUUAAAGCACACGAAAGAUAAUAUCACCCGU